CCACUUAUUUUGCGUAUCCUAAUCACUUUGUUCUCCCUCUCCUGCCUACGCAUCCAGCUACUGACUGUUCGUCGCCGACUGCGACUCCUCUGCGAUCUGCCUGACUGCGAUGAAAGCCUGUCUUCCGCGACAGCCACAGUAACAACCUUGAGAAGCCUUUUCGUGCACCUGCGAACCACCUGUCUGCCCUUCCUGCGUAUCGCUGCCUUCAUCAUGCAGGAGAUUACAGCCAUUGAUGUGCCCGACGCCGCCACGCUCUGCCAGCCGUCUGCCGACAAACCAGUGGAUGAGUUCAUCCUCCUACUGACUUAUCUGGGCCUGCCACUGGGACCCGAGGACCUUCUCACCGUGUUGUCUGCAGAGUGCGCUCAAAGUGCUGACUUGGAAGAAUCUUGCUCAAUAAAUUUACAGACGAGGGAUUCUUCGACUUCCCUCUACUUGGCACGUCUCAUUACUUCGUGGUGUCUUGCAGGCCGCUCCACCGACAGUCGGAAGCUCUAUACCGACCUGCGCCAGCGUUUCCUAUCCCAGUUGACAGAGCAUCCAGGCCCUUUGCCAGAACCGCAGAUGCAUGUGCCCCGUCUCAUUAGCCUGCCCCGGGAAUACGUUAAGCUGUUAGCUAUAGCCGACGUAUGGAAGAAUCAACACUCCGUGAGAGGUACAUCUUUGCUUCCGAGCCUGUGCCUAGUCUGUGGCGCAGUUGCGUCAUACUUCGACCCUCAAGUGGACUUGCUGUCUCGUUUGCUGAACAUAGAUUACUCUGCACCGAACUCCACUGAAAUGGAAAUGCACGUACGCCGCAAUCAUGCUGGCUACGCGUUCAUUCUCCUGCUAGAUUCGAGCAAGCUUUUUUGUCUUUCUGACGAGGCUCGGCGGAUCACCAAGCUACCGGAAGUCUAUCGAGAUGAGUUUGGUGAACCUGAUGUCAACCUGAGGCGCGGAAGCCCACUUUUUCUGGAUGAAGUUGCCUAUCGGAAGUUGACUGGAACCUGGCUGAAACAUGAAGCUAUUCAGACCGUCUCAUAA